GAGAAAUGAACUUGGGAGGGCAGCAAGAGAGGCUUCGCGCAUCUGACACCUCCAGGCUUCAACGCUGAUUGGCUCUCAUUUGAAGGAGCUCAUGGGUUCAUUCAACUAUUAAGCGCCUCCCAGUUCCUCUAAAGGACAUUAUAAUGCAAGGAACCUCCUUUUUAACCACAACCCGAAUUUGCUUUCAUUUAGGCCAUAUAUAUUUUUUAAAUAGUUUAAAGUCAUAGAGAUUUUUUUGGGAAAGCAUUUCGCCCUGGAGCGGUGCGCGAUGCUUUCGCACGCCGACCUGCUGGAUGCUCGCCUCGGUGAGUUAUCAACGCCAAACUCCGGUCUGCAACUCUACUGGAUGAAGGAUGCCGCGGCCGAGCUUCUGGGUCACAGGGAGGCAUUGAAAUGCAGGCUGGGCGGCGGCGGAACUGACUCGGGCCACCCCGGAGAACUCGCCCCGGUCUCCGAUGCAGUGGAAGGGGCCACCCUUCUCCCCGGAGACGAUAUCAACAGUGCUGGAUCCAAUCCGCCGGGUGUAGCGGUGAACAGUAAGGAACAGGAGAAGCAACAGCAGCAGCAACAGAACACCAGCCAGUCCGGCGGCCAGCAGAGUCAGAAACAGAAACGGCACCGGACUCGCUUUACUCCGGCUCAGCUUAACGAGCUGGAACGCAGCUUCGCCAAAACCCACUAUCCGGACAUCUUCAUGCGAGAGGAGCUCGCGCUGCGGAUCGGCCUGACGGAAUCACGCGUGCAGGUUUGGUUUCAGAACCGACGCGCCAAAUGGAAGAAGCGCAAGAAGACCACCAACGUGUUUCGCACUCCCGGCACUUUGCUGCCCACUCACCACGGCCUACCGCAGUUCUCCUCCGCCGCGGCGGCCGCAGCAGUCAUGGGCGACAGCCUGUGCUCUUUUCACGCUAAUGACACCCGCUGGGCGGCGGCCGGGAUGCCGGGAGUCUCCCAGCUGCAGUUACCGCCCGCCCUAGGCCGACAACAAGCCAUGGCACAGUCUCUAUCCCAGUGCAGCCUGGGCGCCGGACCGCCACACAACUCCAUGAGCCUGUCCAACAUGUCCUCCAACGGCUCCGGCCUCCAGUCCCACCUCUACCAACCCACCUUCCCCGGUAUGGUGCCCGCGUCGCUCUCUGGUCCCACCAACGUGACCGGCUCGCCUCAGCUGUGUAGCUCCCCGGACACUGACGUCUGGAGAGGGACGAGCAUUGCGUCCCUGCGCCGCAAAGCGCUGGAGCACACAGUGUCCAUGAGUUUCACCUAAUACUUUGACGUGUUUCUCGUCCACCCAUCAUUUCUGGCCCAGUGACGCACAAGGAAGUCUAAGGAUAGGCCUACGACUGUCCUGUAGUAAACAUGAACUGUGCGCACCUGAUGGAAAUAAAACCUAAAGCAUCAUAGGCUGAAAAAA